ACCCCGCCCACUCCUCUGAGCUCUAAGUCCCGAGCCACGCCCACACUGGCCCCGCCCCUCUGCGCCCAUCCCUGUAUACGCCCCGCCCUCUCCCUGAGCCCCGCCCCCAGGGGUGGGCAGGCCUUCGCCUUCCCGAGGCCCGAGGCCCCAGAGCCCCAGAUGAAGGACGGAAGGACAGAGGAGGACCAUAGCCGCCAGCGCGUCUCCAACUUUGGCGUCCCGUUCCUGCUCGGCCAGUUCCACAGGGACCUGGCAGAGCGUGAGCGCCCGGCCGGCGCUGUGGUGAGGAGGGCCGGGGGCGUUCCCGCGGGGCAGGGCGCUCCCCCGCCCCCACGCCUCCGUGUCCCCGUGUCCCCGCACGGCGUCCUCGCCGCUGUGAGCGUGGGGAGGGGGCACAGGUGGGCUCCUGGGGGGUCCCCUCCCCCGUCCCCGUCCGCAUCCAGGUACCCUGUUGCUGCAGGCUCGCCCACCUGUGGGACUCCAUCCCCGAGGGUGUGCAGGCCUUUGGGGAGGGGGACGCGGAGCCUGUCGACAACCCGUUGCCGCCCCCAAGGGGUCUGUGGGGAGGCGGGGGGCGGCGGGGGUGAGAGGCGGGCGUCCUCAGAACAGGGUGCGGCCUCGGGGGGGACGCAGCAGCCCUGCCGUGCCACCGCGACUGACCACUCCUGCCACUGCGGAGCUGCCCGCGGGGACGAGUGCCACCUGGACCCCCCGGCCGGCACCUCCGUGGUCGGCGGGGAAGCCAGAACCGUCUGCAGGUCCCCAGUCCGGCAGGGCGGGUCCAGCUGCAGGCAAGCCGCACCGCCGGGGCUCACGUUGGCAGUUCCUCCUCCACCGCCCGGGGCCCAGGGGCCAGCGUGUGCCGAUGACCCAGGCCUCGGCGCCCCCAGGCUGCGGGGUGGGUGACAGCGGCCCCUGCCCAGGACAGGGCUGUGUGACCCGCAGCUGGGGACCUACCCGCCCCCAGCCUCCUCAGGGGCCAGUCGCCGUGCCCGGCUGGGAAGGCAGGUGCCAGGGCCGGCCCUGCUCCCGUCCGUGGGGCUCGGCGCGUGGUGCCCCGGGCACUGUGUGGUCCCCACGUGGUCUGGCUCUGCGGGGGGCCGGCUCCUCCUCUCGCUGCCGGCCCUGCCGUGGGUGCGUCCCGUGUCCAGCGCCGUGGGCCCGGCUGCAGGGUGGACAGACUCAUUCCCUGAGGCCUGCUCAGCGCCCAGACCUUAGACGACCUAUCCCCGGCCUGGGCAGGGGGCUCGUCGGCCACCUCCCCCUGGACACGCGCGGGCCGCACCCUCCCCGUAAGUCUCAGGUUGGUGCCGACUCAGCCGGGCGGACCUGGGGGUGGCCCGAGCAGCGUGGAGGGUGGGCGUCGGGGCCUCCCCGUGGUGUCUGCAGGGAAGGCUCGCGCCCCGUCACGCACAGGUCAGAAGUGACCGCGGGCGAGAGCGGCCACCCAGGCGGUGUCAGCCCCACCACCGUGGCCGGAGGGUCAGGCUGCGAGAUCCCCGGGGCCCAGGGCCUGGGACCGGCGCCCCCGGCUCCUUGCCCUGAGGGCCUCCACACCCUGCGGUCUCCCCGCAGUGACACC